GAGGAGAGAUACACCGAUUCUAAUUCUCAAAUGGCCGAUCAAGACAUAAGAAACAACGAAAUAGUUCAUGAGAUCAAAGGCAUGAUUCGCAUUUACAAAGACGGAUCAGUAGAAAGAUUCAUGGGCUGCGAAUUCGUUCCACCAUCGAUUGAUCCCCAAACCGGCGUCCAAUCCAAAGACGUAGUCAUCUCCCCUGAAAACUCCAUUUCCGCCCGCCUAUACAUACCCAAAUCACAACCUGACCCAUCGAAACUACCUCUCCUAAUCUAUUUCCACGGCGGCGCUUUCUGCAUAGAAACCGCCUUCUCUCCCAUGUAUCAUAACUACCUCAACUCCCUUGUCUCCGCAGCCAAUAUCGUCGCAAUCUCGGUUGACUACAGAAGAGCGCCAGAGAACCCAUUACCAGCCGCGUUUGAAGACUCAUGGGAAUCGGUCAAAUGGGCUGUGAGCGCCGAAGACGAAUGGGUGAAAAACUUUGCAGAUCUGAAACGCGUGUUUUUCGCCGGAGACAGCGCCGGCGGAAACAUAGCGUACCGUAUGGGUAUACAAGUUGGGUUGGAAGGGUUAUCAUUUGGAGCAAAGCUAAUGGGUGUUAUUAUCGUCCAGCCGUAUUUCGGAGGAGAGGAAGUGAUUGGAUCGGAAGCGACGAACCCUAAUAUGGAAAAUCUUGAGAAAUUGUGGCGAAUUGCUUGCCCGACGGUGACAUCGUUGGAUGAUCCGAUGAUAAACCCUAGUAUGGAUCCGAACAUUGGAAAGAUGGGUUGCGAAAGGGUAUUGGUGUGCGCGGCGGAGAAAGAAUGUUUGAAUGAGAGAGUUUGGUGUUUUUAUGAGGCGUUGAAAAGGAGUAAUUGGAAAGGAAAGGCGGAGAUUGUUGAAACGGCCGGAGAAGAUCAUAUUUUUCAUUUGUAUAAUCCUACCGGCCAUAAUGCCUUGGCCUUGAUGAAACUGUUGGUUUCGUUCAUCAAUGAGUCAAUCUAAGGAAUUGUUUCGUUAUAGAUGGAGUGGUA